AUGCUUCGUGAAUGUAGGAGAAGUGACCAGAAUGAACAGUUGCUUGGACAGUGGUCUGGGGAAGAGGCUUAUUGUGAAGUGUUCGACUCCUGUCCUCCGUCGCAGAUCAUUUACGCGGACGAGCUAGAGGAUACAGCAGUAGUGACCUGGGUGGAGCCAACAGCAUCCGACAAUUCUGGCGAGACUGUGAUUCCCGUACAAACACAGGGCUAUCCGUCUGGUUCAAGAUUCAGCCAGAACUACCAUGUCAUUAAGUACACGGUAUCUGAUAGCUCUGGAUUAUCCUCCACUUGCACCUUUACCUUUACCGUGCAAGUUUUGGAGUGCCCAGUGCUUGAUGCCCCUGACAAUGGAGAUUACGUUGGCGGUCAACCAUGUCAACGGAGUUACGGAUCAUCCUGUUACUUCAUGUGUAACGCUGGGUACUUCAUCGAUAACAACGUCUUGAGAUGCGAAGCUCAACCCGGAAGUGAAGAGGCAUUGUGGAUGGGUACUCCACCUACUUGCACAGUUGAGACGUGUGAAGUACCUCCAUUGGACAACGGAAUGCAAUACGUUAUCAACACGACAUGCACAGAGCAGAGUCAAUUGGAGCUGGGAGAGGAGUGCGAGUUCGAAUGUGGUAAUGGGUUCAACCUGCAUGGAUCUGAAAUCUUGACUUGUGGGAUAGACGGGGAGUGGCAACAGCAGGCUCCUGUUUGUGAAGUUGUGACAUGUAUCAACAGCGAUAUACCCAAACCUCUGCACGGUAUAAAGAGCGGAUGUCCAUAUGAUGAUGAGAAAUAUGGAACAGUGUGCCGAUUUACUUGUGAUAUCGGCUAUCUCCCUUCUGGGUCGGUACCUCGAACUUGCUUGGAUGAUGGCGACGGUAAUGGAGUGUGGAGUGGCGGACCGGUCUCAUGUACAGGUGAAAAUAAAGUUCUUGGAAUCGCCAGUAGCUUAGAUUCCCGACUAUUUUACUGUGGACGUUGGACAUGCAAUCCCCUCGAGGUACCUGUGAACGGGUUUAUUGAAUCCUGUCGACUAGGCGGAGAAGAGACGGAUGUUUCCACGAAGCAGGAUUAUGGAACUACGUGCAAUGUUCUGUGUAACUCUGGCUACACAGCUCAGGGUGCAACAUCGAGACGUUGUCUGGCAGACGAAGGGUGGGAUGGCAUUGCUCAAAGCUGCCUCGACCUUACUCCUCCCGUCUUAAAUUGUCCACCUGACCGAGUGAUAUUUGCUCUGGCUGGUCAAUCAAAAGCUGAACUACACUGGGAAGACUGGGAACCUGUUAAGGCAAUUGAUGGUAGUAUCCAAAUAACGGCAACUCUAGUCUCAAUAGACUCUGUCCCAGUCUCUGGUAACAACAGGCCUGCUUUUUCCGAUGAAGGAUCUCACAUUAUUUCCUAUCGUGCGACUGACAUGGCUGGCUUCAUGGCUACAUGUUCUUUUGAAGUAGAGGUCAAAGUUACUCGCUGUGCCCCACUUUACCCACCCUCAAAUGGCGACGUCACACUCUACCUGGGUCAAGGGUCAUGCGAGGGUGGCGCAGUCUAUGGAUCUGGCUGUCUGAUCAAGUGUGACAAGGGGUAUAUAAUAUCAGACGGCAAUUUAACAACUGAGCGAUAUUGCUUAAGAAUGUCUGACACAACCACAGUUGGGUACUGGAACGGAACGCAGCCAGAAUGCGAUGCUGUGACAUGCGCAGUACCCGAUAUCAUGAACGGUCACGUGACAGGCUGUCCGCCCAUAGAAGCACAGUAUCAAGACCAGUGCGAAUUUGAAUGUGAUGACGGCUAUCGAUCAAGUACCACUGAUAAGGUCAUAUUAAGGUCAUGUCAAGCCAAUGCAACCUGGGGCAACAUCGAACUACUUUGUGACAUCAUCGUGAGUUGUCCCGCCAAUAUCAGCCUUAAGUACGGAAGUGUUACCCCUGACAUCUGCACCAAGCCUGACCCCGUGCCCUUUGACACUGAAUGUAACUUCCAAUGUGAGAGUGGAUUCCGUAUGUAUGGUCCCUAUUCCCAGAUAUGCACUUCAGAUGGAUCUUGGAACAAUCAAAGAAGUGUCAGAUGCGAGGGUAAAUAUUGGGUUUAUGAAUAG